AUGGCUAACUCGGAUCAGGAAGUCAUAGUAAUCGAUGAUUCAAACGAUCAGUCACCUAAAAUAGCAACACCAAAGGUGGAUACACCAAAGGUGGAUACACCAAAGGAGAUAACUUCUAAACCAGCUACUUCAAAAGCGUCAACUCCUAAGGUUGCUUCGCCAGUUACUUAUAACCCUAUUUCUAACGCGAUUACCUCACAUAUACAAGCAUCUCAGAAGAGUUCACAACCAAAGAAAACAGUAGAGACGUCUAAGAAAAUGCCAAAUAUUGCACAAGAACUAGCAAUGAAUAGGAAUAACGCAAGAACUUUAUCGCCUGGGGCUCCAACCUUUUCAUCUUCACCGAUAAUUAAACCUUUAGUGGAAACAGUGGUAUCUAGUUCAACGACGAAAGAUGAUGAGAACCAAACAAAGGUAAAAUCAAAACCAAAACCUAGAAGUAAACCAAAAUCAAAACCAAAACAAAAGCAAAUUUCAACGAAAAAGAUAACAUCAACAUUUAUUACCAAGCCAGAAAUAAAUGAACCUUCUUCUCUCAUGAGACAGGUGAAAAUAUCUUCGCUUCUAUCAUCAGAUGAAUUAAAAGUUGAGAAUCCUACUUCGAGUUCAAAGGACUCGCCAUUGAUAUCCUCACAGUCAAGUGUUUCGAAACUACUAUCAACCCCCGAAAAUAUUCUGUCUACGUCUACUGCUAUCCAAAAGAAUGCCCCGUCAAACAUAGUGCCAUCCGUAAAGAAACCAACUACCUCUAUUGCUCCUAAGAAAUCACCUACAUCAGUAACGAGUGGAUCUCUUCAAUCAUCUACUACUGUUCCCAAAAAGAAAACUGUUACUGUAAGCAAACCUGUGUUGAAGAGAACUAAGAGUAAUACUACAGCAUCCGGUUCCAACCAAACAUCUGGCCCGACGUCUAAGAAGAGUUUUACUUCUGGUGCUAGUAAAGCUUCUAAAUCUAAAUCUGCAACUUCAUUAGACUCUAUGAAGAAGAAGACGACAAUUAAAAAGACCACAGAUAAUACUGAUAAGAAAAAAUUGGCGGAUGGCUCUGCUACUGCCUCUCUUACAACUGCGAAUCAAAGUCCUCCGGAGCACUCAAAAUUGACCUUACCUCCAACUAUCGAUGUCCCUAACCUACUUUCUACGAUCCCUUCAAAGUCUAAACAAAAUAACGAUAAAAAUUCAACGAUUUCUGUUGUCAAUAUUCCGUUGUAUUCGACAUCAUCUAACGAAUAUCUUGAUGAAAAUGGAACUGUAACGUUUAAUUUAUUUAAGAUAUUGAAGGGAAAUGAACCAAAACUUGACUCUAAAAGUGAGAUGGAACUGAAACGUAAAAGAUUAUUAGACGAAGAGAUAGAGGCAAAGGAAGCAAUCACGGAUAUGGAUGAUGAUGACGAUAUGGAGAACAAUGAUGAUACGGAAAAGUCAGACGAACAACCUAAGAAAAAAGCACAUCCUAUGAAAGGUAAAAAUCUUAUCGGUAAAUAUGAUUUCGAAGAUCCAUUUAUUGAUGAUUCGGAAAUGUUAUGGGAAGAACAACGUGCUUCGACCAAGGAUGGAUUUUUUGUAUUUUUUGGACCAUUAAUAGCAAAAGGACAAGCAGCUAGUUUUGAAAGAGCAGACGGGACUAUGAAGAGAGGCGGCAUAAAGAAAUGA